AUGCAUUUACUACUAAAAGACGACCCAGAGAGAAAGCAGCUGGGAGACAUAGGCAGUGAAAUGGUGGAAGAAAAAAAAGUAGCAGUUCUUACCCUUGCAGGAGGAAGCGGCUCCAGACUGGGGUACAGCAAGCCCAAGGGGACUUUUGUCCUUCCAACAGAAAAUACCCCCAAACUCUCUCUUUUUCAGAGACAAGCCAAGAAGAUAUUCGCCAUGGGAGCACCUUGGGUUAUAAUGGUCUCGAAUGAAACAAUCAGCCAGACAAUAGAGCAUUUGCAGACAGAUGUUCUUACUCUUUUUGACAUGGAGGUAUUCUUGAUCACGCAGCAGGAUAUAGAUGCACUGGACCUGAAGACAAGAGAGCCCCUUGUAAAUGAACAGGGUGCAACAAUUAAAGUGCCCAAUGGCAAUGGAUCUGUAUUUAAAACUCUUAAAUCAAGCGAGUAUGUCUCAGUUACGAAGACUGCUGUCACGCCGCAUAAUUCUUCAAUCGUGUCCAAGCUGGCAGAGGUUAAGUACUUCAACGUCAUCUCUGUGGACAAUGUGCUGGUUCGCAUUGCUGAUCCUGAGAUGGUAGGGUAUGCAAAGAAGUACUCACUGGAGGUGGUGAGUGCUGGCAUCCCAGAGGCACCGAAUAAGAAAAUGGGCGCCUUUGAGCUGCAUGGGGACAAGAUAGAAGUGACUGAGUACACAUGCGAGGACAGCAGUAAACAGCCGCUGGUGAACAAAGAAGGAAAAAAGUUGGUGAACAUAGCAAACCAUCUUAUAAGCAAAGAGUACAUCCAAAGAAUGAACGCAGACGACAUUCCCUACAAUGAGGCAAUAAAGAAAAUACCGCACAAAGGAAAUCCAGCACCGGAAUCACCAAAUGCAAUAAAAAGAGAACUCUUUAUAUUUGACGGGUUCAAGUGGGCUAAGAACCACGGAGUGGUGGAGUACGGAUGGGAUGCCUACGAAGGCUUGAAAAAUAAAGAAGGAAGCGCAGACAGCAUUGCAACAUGCACGCAGUCUCUGGACAAUCAAUAA